UCCGGGCGGGCGGCUGGCCCUGGGAGCGCGCGCUUCGCGCUCUGGCUGGGCGCCACCCCUCCGCCGCGCCGACCGCUCGCGGCAGCUCGGGGGCCCGCGCCGCCCCCGACUCCCCUUCCGGGCGAUGGUGCGGCCUGAGGACGCCUCCGUCCCCCGCUGUCCCCGCUGACGCCGGUCCCCCACUCCAUGGCCGCCUCGGCGCCGCCCCCACCGGACAAGCUGGAGGGAGGUGGCGGCCCCGCACCGCCCCCUGCGCCGCCCAGCACCGGGAGGAAGCAGGGCAAGGCCGGUCUGCAAAUGAAGAGCCCAGAAAAGAAGCGAAGGAAGUCAAAUACUCAGGGCCCUGCUUAUUCACAUCUGACAGAGUUUGCACCACCGCCGACUCCCAUGGUGGAUCACCUGGUUGCAUCCAACCCUUUUGAGGAUGACUUCGGAGCCCCUAAGGUGGCAGCUCUGGCAGCCCCUGGGACCUCAGCAGCUAUGGCCUCCUGCCCAGACUCAGAUAAUAGCUGGGUGCUGGCUGGCUCAGAGAACUUACCUGUGGAGACCUUGGGCCCUGAACACCGGACAGAUCCAGAAUCCAAGAGAUCCACUCAGGACCUCAGGAGCCUCUCCAAGGCAGAUGGUGAACAAUUAGCUGAGACCUUGGAUGGAGAAGGAACCCUCUUCCAGACAGAAAGCCCCCAGAAUGAAAGCCCCACUCAGGCAGAAGAGACCAAGGCCAAGGAUGCUCUGGGAGGUGAUGAUCACAGUAUGGAGCCUCCUGGUCCAGGAGACACUUUGGUUCAGGAAGAAUUGCAGGAGACAACCUUGGUGACAAGCCUGGAACCAGAUGCCGAAGACCUGGAGGACCAGAAUCUUCCCUCAAGUCCCCAAACAGUUUGGAUCAGGGAGGAGGGCCGCUGCUCUAGCAGUGAGGAUGACACCGACCUGGAUGUGGAGGGUCUGCGGAGACGGCGAGGCCGGGACCCUAGCCCCCCGAAGCCCGUGCUACCCUUGGAUGUGGAGGACCAGGCCAGAGGCGAGGGCUCAGGUGGGGAGCUGGGCAUCUCCCUCAAUAUGUGCCUCCUGGGGGCCCUGGUGCUGCUGGGCCUGGGGAUCCUCCUCUUCUCAGGUGGUCUCUCAGAUUCAGAGACUGGGUCCAUGGAGGAGGCAGAGCUGCAGGUCCUCCCGGAUCCUGAGCUGGUGGAUGCUGUCGGGGACAGGCAGGAUGGCCUAAGGGAACAGCUGCAGGCCUCGGUGCCCUCUGAUGGUGUCCCCAGUCUGCAGGACAUGGCCCUUCUGCUGGACAAGCUGGCCAAGGAGAACCAGGACAUCCGGCUGCUGCAGGCCCAGCUGCAGGCCCAGAAGGAAGAGCUUCAGAGCCUGAUGCACCAACCCAAAGGGCUGGAGGAGGAGAAUGCCCGGCUCCGGGGGGCCCUGCAGCAGGGAGAAGCCUCCUACAAGGCCCUGGAGUCAGAGCUGCAGCAGCUGAGGGCUCGGCUCCAGGGGCUAGAGGCCAGCUGUGUUCGGGGCCCAGAUGGGGUCUGCCUCAACUGGGGCAGAGGCCCAGAAGGUGGCAAGGCCACGGAAGAGCAAGGCCAUAGGGGACACGAGCCAGAUCCUGGCUUCCUGGAGCAGCAGAAACGGCUGGAGGCUGAGGCCCAGGCCCUUAGGCAGGAGCUUCAGAGGCAGCGGAGGCUGCUGGGGUCUGUGCAGCAGGACCUGCAGAGGGGCUUGAAGGCGGCUGGCCAAGGAGCCCCUGCUCAUGCUAGCCUGACUGAACUGGGCCACAGGUUGGCCCAGACUCUGCAGAGCUUGAAGCACUGGGGCAAGGACCCUGCUGUUCCUGCCAAUGCAUCUGAGGCCCGGUAUGAGAAGCCUCACUUCCAGAGUCCCAGAGAGUGGAGUGGAAAAGAAAAGUGGCACGAUGGGCAGAGGGACCACAAGGCUGAGCACUGGAAGCGUAAGAAGGAAGAAUCUGGCUGGGAGAAGAAGAAGAAGAAGAAGAGCUGGGAGGGUGAGGAGGACAAAGAUCUGUCAGGGAGGUGGAGAGAGGGUAAGCAGAGGGUAGAGGAGUCAGGGAGCAGGAAGGAUGGCAAAUGGCAGGACCCCAAGGAAUCCCAAAGGAAAAGUGGGGGCCACCACUCUGGAGAAAGGCAGAAGCAUCCUUGGGGGAAGGAGGGAGCUAAAGACAACCACGGUCCUCUGCCCCCCUGGGAGCAGCUGUUGAGGAACAAGUACCGGGCACCCCAGGGCUGCUCGGGUGUGGACGAGUGUGCCCGGCAGGAGGGCCUGGCCUUCUUUGGCACAGAGCUGGCCCCGGUAAGACAACAUGAGCUGGCUUCUUUGCUGAGAACGUACCUGGCGCGCCUGCCCUGGGCGGGGCCACUGACGAAGGAGCUGCCCCUCUCACCUGCUUACUUCGGUGAGGAUGGCGUCUUCCGCCACGACCGCCUCCGCUUCCGGGAUUUUGUGGAUGCUUUGGAGGACAGCCUGGAGGAGGUGGCGGUGCAGCAGACGGGUGACGAUGAUGACGUAGAUGACUUUGAGGAUUUCAUCUUCAGCCACUUCUUUGGAGAUGGAGCACUGAAGAAGAGGUCAGGGAAGAAGGACAAGUACUUGCGGAACCCCAGAGCUGUGGGACCCCGGGAGGAGCACAGCCACUACCACCACCACCAGCAUCACCACAAGGGCUGAUCCCUGCCCCUGCCCCUGCCCCUGCCCCAGGGAGGUGGCCUGAGCCUGGGCCUAGCCCCCCACCCCGCAUCUGAACCCUGGAGGCCAAGCUCCCGCAACCCAGCUGUCCUCCCCUGGCUCUUUGGUGUCCUUGGAUGUCCUUUGCCGGGGAGAGACAGCCCCCAGCCCUGCACUGAUUCCACUUUCAUUAGAGAAAGGCCUUUCCUGGGCCUGCUGUUGUGUCUUUGCAGAUGUAUGCAAAUACCCAGGCCCUGGGCUCUGCCCUGUAGCCUGAUUGCGUUGUGCAGGGCCCUUGGGAGAGGAGGGGGGAGGAUGGGUGGGUUUCUGAACCUGAAGCCAAAGAGCUUUUGUCCUCUGUGUGUGUGUAUGUCCCCCCUCCACAUGCUGACAAGGCGGCUUCUGGGACGGGACUAGAGCUGCUGGCUGGAAGCCCAGUGUGAGGACUUACCCUGGGGUUUCGUUAGAUUUGGAAGCAGCAGUCCCCUGGGUGUGAUGUCCCCUUGUUACUCCUGCUUUUCACAUGGCCUCCCCUCCCCACGUGAACUGUAGAGCUUUGCCACUUGGGGGGUGGUUUCUAAGCACAGGGGACACCCGAGUGGAUGGGUGCCCUCCCCGGCCCUGGUACUUAGCUCCUUCUCCCAGAUGUCCUUUCCCCUUGCCCUCACCUUCCUCAUGAAGCCUCUGCCCUUGAGGCUGGGUCCUCAUGUUAUUGAAAGCUGCACUGUCUGUUCUGCUGGCUGAUGGGGAAAAUGUCAGCUUUGGAGUCUUGAGCCUUGGGCUCCGAUCCAGGCUGGGUGGUCCUGGUGAGUCAUCUCUGGGGACACAGGGUUAUGGUCCUCAGAAAAAGAGAUUAAAGAACUGAGAAAGAGAAUAAAUAAAGCCAAUGGAUAUCCUGUUUUUGGUGUU